ACAUCCUUGACAGUACAAUUGGCUGAGAUCGUUGGAAGAAUGUGGACAAAAACGUGUAUAGCCUUCAUAAUUGCAUUUUUGUGUGUGAUAGUGCAGUAUAAUGUGAUAUGUGCCAAACGGAUACUAGCUAUAUCAAAUUUUCCAUCGUACAGCCAUCAAAUAUCUUAUCGCGCUUUAUGGUUAGAAUUACACAGACGAGGUCAUGAAAUUGUGUCGGUCACCACAGAUCCUAUAAACAAUUCUUCUUUAACAAAUUAUACAGAAAUUGAUUUAAAAUACUUUUAUAAUCAUAAUUUUCCCGAAUAUAAAACGCUUCUACCGUAUGCUAGCGUUACUACGGCGAGCCUUAAGUUACAGCUUCUAGAAGUAGAACGAAGAAUGGUAUGGGCUGCGUUACACAUCUUGAAUCGUGAAGUUUUUAAAAAACCAGAGAUGAAAAAAUUAUAUGCACCUGGUAGCAACGAACAUUUUGACGCAGUUAUUGUAGCGCAGGGUCCCACAGUUUCGAUGAAUGCUUUCGCAUACAGAUUUAACGCUCCUCUCAUAGGUAUUUCAAGCACGGACGUAUUCAAUCAUUUGCGCUAUACGUUUGGAUCUUUGCUUCUCCCAUCGCAUAUUUCUAAUUGGCAAACCAAUACGCCAGUUGAAAAAAACAUGUCAUUUUGGAGGAGACUCGUCAACUUUUAUGAAGUGUGGAGGCAGAUGUAUUUCUGGGCGAACGAACAUACUGUUAUAGAGGAUGCGAUCGCGAAAGAGUACUUAGGACAAGAUCUGCCGCAUAUCGACGACAUAACGAGAAACAUGAGCAUAUACCUUGUAAACAAACAUCCAACGUUUUUACAUGGCAAACCCGAACAACCAAAUGUCAUAUUUUAUCAUGGUUUUCAUAUUGCAAAAGCACCAGAUACUCUGCCAGAAAAUGUAAAACAAUUCCUUGACGACGCGAAGGAAGGAUUUAUUUACGUCAGUCUUGGAACUAAUGUUAGAUGGGAGGACCUACCAAACAAUGCGCUUGAAGCUUUCGUUGAAGCAUUCUCAGCUUUGCCGUAUAAAUUUAUUUGGAAAUUUAACCCUGAUCUAUUACCCAAGAAAUUUAAAAAUAUCCUGGCAUUAAAUUGGCUCCCUCAGCAAAGCAUUCUCGCUCAUCCAAAUAUCAAGCUAUUUAUUUACCAAGGCGGUCAACAGAGUACUGAAGAAGCUAUUUAUUACGGGAUUCCAUUAAUAGGAUUUCCCAUUAUAUGGGAUCAAAUAUAUCAAGUGCAAAAUAUAGUAAGACUAGGUGUUGGAAUUCAACUUCAUAUUGAUAAUCUUUCGAAUAAAAGCAUUAUGGCCAGUAUACAUGAAGUUAUAAGCAACAAGAGGUACAAAAAUCAAAUGGAACAUCUGAGUAAACUCUUUAAGGAUUCACCGUAUGACAGUCUUCAAAAUGCGGUACAGUGGAUUGAGUACGUGAUACGUCUAAAUGGGACACCUUUCUUGCGAAAUAGUCUUGGCGAUGAGCCGUGGUAUCAACGAUACGACUGGGACAUCAUCGGAUUUCUCGCCAUAGUAUUAUUUAUUGCAUCCCUUAUUUCUAUAUGGGCACUACUUCAGAUUUUUCGAUUUCAUUUACGAUUAUUAUCGAACUCGCUGUGGUAGAGAGUUCUUAGUAUUAAAAUAUAUUAAUGUUAUUAUACUAAACCAAAAAUGCAUUAGUUUCCAUAUACUAAUAAUAAUUUCAGUAAAUUAUCUUAAAGAUUUCUGUCUUCAUGUAUAGCUUCUAAGAUCAUAUUAAAUUAUAUUAUAUAUGAUAUUUUAAAUAAAAGCUGU